AUGGCAGAACGUGCUGGAUGCAGAAGCGGACCGUCCCCGGUCUGUAGUAGAGGCAAGGGUUCCUUAAGUUCUCUUGCUUGUGUAGCAGCAGCCAUGGCUGCCGCCGCAACAGCGAAUCACGACGCUGUAGCGAGGCUAACCAAGCAGAGGUUGCUCACUGCCGUCGAUCUCCUGCAGAGGCAGUUGAACCCUGCUCCCGGGGGAGGAGCAGCAACAGCAGGUUUAUCAGGGCAAAGAAUGGCUGGAUCAGCUCUCGGAGGCAGCAGCACCCGCAAGACUAAGUCUCCCCAUAGAAGCGUCUGUUCUCCUUCCCCUCGCAACGGCCCUCCUGGAGUAGCAGGAGCUAAGGCAGGAACAGCAGCAGGGGCAAAGUCAGGAGCAGAGAAAGACUUUAAAUGGUGCAGAGGAGCUUCAGCGCAUGUGUCACAUGCUGAAGCAGCUGGGAGACGAGCAGCGACAGCAGGACCAAAGGCACCACCAGCUGCUCACCGAGAGGCGGCAGCUGCAGAAGGAAAUACGGAGCUUCAGGUGCCUCUCAGCGAUCCAACGGUAAAAGAGGCCCCAGCUGCUGCAGCAACUGUGGCGCUCGACAGACUCCGCAGUGGAGGAGCAAAGACUGCAAACCAGCCUCGUCAAAACAGUGUCGCACCCUCACGCGCCAGUACAUAG